UAAAAAUACACGAUAAUUUCAACCUUUUUGAGCGUGAGCGGAUACGUCGAUAAGGGUGUGGGUGGGGUAAAUUGUUUAUCAUAGCAACGGGUUUCCGUUACACGGGGCAUUCAUUGACAAAGUUCGGGACAAUGGACUUUCAUUGAGUGCCAGCCGACUCCAGACACCAUUUGCAGGGACGCGCGUGUGUCAGCCUGUUGAUUCUUAAUAAGUUGAAGAAAGCUCUUGAAUUGUGACGGUGGGAGUGGUAGUGUGCAUGACUUGAAUAUGAUGCAUUCACUGUGUGGCAGCUGUUAGUCUCUUAAUGUCACACAAUAUUUAUGUAUGGCAUUUCAUUUCAAAACGAUAUUUCAAAAUUAUUUUUGUUUCGGAGACAGUGGUGUCUGCAAGGGAGCUGGGGGCUGGUGGAGUGUUGGCGUCAUGGUGAAGAAUGUUCCGGAAGGUCAAAAAGCGUCACAGCAGCAGCAGCUCCCAAAGCAGUGAGAUCAGUACCAAGAGCAAGUCAGUAGACUCCAGUUUGGGAGGUCUCUCCAGGUCCAGUACUGUAGCUAGCCUCGACACAGACUCGACCAAGAGCUCAGGUAACAGUGCUGCGUCAGAGACGUGUGCUGAGUUCAGGGUGAAGUAUGUCGGAGCCAUAGAGAAGCUGCCGUUUGAGAUGAGUAAGACCCUGCAGGAGCCUCUGGAACUCAUCAACUACAUAGAUGCAGCCCAGCAAGAUGGAAAGCUGCCGUUUGUGCCUGGAGAUGAGGAGAUGGUACUGGGAGUGUCCAAGUAUGGAGUCAAAGUGGCCUCCAUGGAUCAAUGUGAUGUUCUGCACCGCCACCCUCUCUAUCUGAUAAUGAGGAUGCUCUGUUAUGAUGACGGCCUGGGGGCUGGGAAGAACCUGCUGGCUCUCAAGACCACCGAUGCCAAGCAGCAGGACUGCAGCAUCUGGGUGUACCAGUGCAGCAGCGCGGAACAAGCCCAGGCCAUCUGCAAGGUGCUGUCUGCCUCAUUCGACUGCGUGCUGACAUCAGAGAAGUCCUGAAAGGUAGUCGCCCUGAGGGACAGGACUAUCCUCACGUGGGCGCAGCACCAUGACCAAUCGGGAGCCUGGAAACCAUAGUUUACAGCAGGGUCACAUCUUACCCAGCAUGCUUUGCAACACCUCUCACACACCACCUACAGACCACACACACCAUCCACCUGUCAGGUGACCAUCAUGAGUACGGCUAUUUUUAUUGUUUUAAGCUAACUUAAUCUUAUUUAAUGUAAAUACAUUAGAAAGUACAGGGGCCUCAUGUCUGUACUUGGGAAGGAAGUGGCUGUUUGCUAUCUAGGUUUCAAAUAAUAUUGACUCCCUUUAUAAAAGGGGGAAAGUGGUAACCGUGGUACGUCGCAGUCAAUAUUUCCACCAUGGAUGGAGGAAUAGACCUAGACCAUUACAAAUAUGCUGUAGACCCCCCUUCUCCUCUAUCCCUCUCUCUUACUCCUUCUCUCCCCUAUACAAACCAAAGGGAUGGUAUCAAUACGUGUGUUUGUGCCUCUCCAUACCACUCCUCCUAUACUCCCCUUGGUCCAGAUGGGAUUGGAUCAGUUAAAAUGGUACAAUAAAGGAAAGGAAUUUGAAUGAAUCAA